AUGGCUACUCCUCCUAUCAAGAAGGCAUGUGAUGCGUGUCAUCGGCGCAAAGUUCGAUGCUCUGGAGGCCAGCCAUGUCGCACCUGUGGCCAAACCAAUCUCGAAUGCACCUAUCUCGCAGUGCCCCAAAAGAAAGGUCCAAAAGGGAACCGCUCCAAAAUCCUCUCGCAGAUCCGCGAUGCCCAAAAAACGAAGCAGAUACAUCUUCCUCAUCCUUCUCCUUCUGAUGCCACCCAGUCGCCGAGUCAGGACCUGAAGCCUUCCCUGGACUUGGGUAGCCCGUCACCACAAACUCCGCCUACACGGUCGCCCAAUGCCGCCCUUCUCAGCCAGCAGACCAUCGAAAACUGUGUCGACUUUUACUUCUCCAAUAUGUCUACGACCACUUCGAUCCUCAGCCGGCAUCAGCUAAUGGACACAAUCGGCUCCCGAACCACGGCCGACGCAGAAGUGUACUGCCUCGCUGGAUCCUUAUGUGCCUUUGUCAUGGUUCAACCUGGCAUGAAUUUGGCUGUUGCUCCAGGGAGCCAUUAUGAAGGUGAGCCUCCGGAAAACCGCUACGGCUAUGCCAGUAUGCUUCUCAAUGAUGUCCUCCGAGUUCGAAAGUCUAUCGAUUAUGUCGAGUUUCCUACUUUGAGCGCCCUCCAGACCUCAUUCUUCUUGUUCAGCUGCUACUUCACCCUGGAGAAACAGAAUGUAUGCUGGUUUCAUUUGCGUGAAGCCGUCACUUUGGCUCAACUGAUGGGCAUGCACGAAGAGUCCUCGUAUCUCGUCGGCGACCCUGUUGAAAAUAUGUAUAAGCGACGAAUGUAUUGGCUGCUUCUGGUCACUGAAAGAGCAUAUGCAAUGGAGCGUCACCGCCCGCUGAGUCUGCAUCCAACCAUAGGACUACCAUUGACCAACGAGCCGCACGAGGAAGCAUCGAUGUCUGGCUUCCUCUGUUUGAUUGCCCUGUUCCGCUGCAUAGAUGACGAGUUCAUGGCCCUUUGGAACAAAGUGAAGAGCGAGUGCUCCGACACCUGGCUUUCUCAACUCCAGCGACAAGUCACAGCCGCGAUACCGCCAGGACUAAAGACGACAGAAAGCCAAAUGGCCGAUGUUCGGGUCACGUUACAUUGGUUACGCAUCAUGAUCUGGCAGCUUUCCAUCACCAAUGGCUGUCUUUCUUCGUCGUCCGAGGACUCCUUUUUGACAUUCAAAUACCCCAUCAAAGUCACCACGGACUUGAUCCAGGAUAUCUCAACCAUUUCCCUAGAUGCGAUGGAGGUUCACGGUGUAGGAUUGAUCGAAAAGCUGUUCGACAUAGCCUGUACGCUCACGGACGUGGUCUCGUGCGUACCACUCACGCCUUCAGAAAUAUCGAACUCAAGCAACGAGACGCCCUUCGAAUAUCUGAACAAACUCCUUACACUCAUUUCGCAACUCCGGGGUGGUACCUCAAGGUACUACCCUUUGCUCCUUGUAAAGGUCUCGGACACCCUACCAAGUCUUCCCUCUGUCGCACCAGUGGACCUAGAUCCGAUGCAGCUGAGCAUCAAGCAAGGCUAUGCCGGUGCGAGUGAUCAUAUACCCACGCCCGAGCCAACACGGUUGCGACGGAUCACAUUCCCACACCUGAACUACCACCAUACUCCUUAG